UUGUUCUCGUAUAUGAAUAAUCAUUCUACACGUGGUCGUGACACAAUUAGUGAUGACUUUGGUGUCAAACGCCACGGACUGCAUUGAUCAAGCAGGCAUUUGAAAUUGUUCCUGACUUGAUCAAAUUUGACGAUGAUGAUAUUGAUUCAGUAGCAGGACAACAGGAGGAGAAAAUCCACUGGACGAUGCGAAACAUUUGAGCCUCAAGGAAAAACUUGAACGACGAUUGCAACAAUCGAAGGUAUCAACGUCCAGGCCAAGCUCUACGUCUAUAAACGGAUUGAUGAAAACCAUCGGAGAGUUUUCGUACAGAGGGCAUCAGAGGAAAAUACAUGACAAUGGUAUUCGAUGCUCUUCGUACUGUACGCCCAACAUAAUUGGACUCUGAAUGGGCGUUUUCCUAAUGAGAUCUGAUAGAAGACGACAAAACUAACAUUCUCUGUGUCCUAAAGUACCACUGUAAGCAACAAACUAAGUAUCAAAAACAUACAAAAGGUUUGUUUAUUUUAAAGUAUGUUUUCUACCGGUUUUACCGGUAAUGAAAUUUUCAUUACCGAAUAACCGGUUAUUGAAAUUUUGGCACGGUAAUGCCCUAGGCAUGUGCCUAACAAAACGAAAUUGGAAAAUGGAGAGUUUCCCAACAAUGUAAACAAUAACGCGGAGUCGCUCCAAAUCCAAAUCGAGCGCGGGAUCCGGACGACGAGUGCAUAUUGGAGCGUGUCGACUGAUGACGCUUGCCAGGCUAGCGUAUCUCGCUCGAAUGUCGUCAGCAAUCGGUGGCCACAAAGAGUGCUACUAUCAUUGCUCGUCGUCACCGUGAGCUUUGUAUGGAUUCUCUGCUAUUAUAUUGGCGCGUGUUGUAUGACGCGAUAUUGUGGACCGAAUUCCAAUUCCCAUUAUUUAACGUUGGGGAUGAAGAUGCCAAUUUGAUAUUCAAAUUGAUCGGAUACUCCGCCGCUGGUGGUAUCUUUAUAUUCUACUUUCCUAAGCCAGUCAUGCUUCUUCGCCUUACACACCAUAGCAGACAAACAGCGUAUCGAUUCUUAAAAGAUUACCUCUCCAGAGAUGAUGUUUAUUUACUUUACGGAAACUGAAUUAGAAUGUAAGAACACGUCCAGAGCGAAUGUUACGGAGGGAAGAAUAAUUGGUAGCAUUGUGUGGAUGCCUCGGUAUUUUCCAGCAGUUCCUUGACUUGUGCAGAAUGAAGGAAACAAAAAAAAGCAUAUGCACUUUCGCGGUUGUGUUAAUUAUCCCACCGUUGUCUAAUCCCAUUUGCGGAAGAGCCACUGACGUCAAAUGGUUAGGUAAGAAACAGAAGGAAAAAAAUCCAUCCAUAUUACGCUUCCACGUGCGUUGCCAUAAAUAAAUUUAGCGCUGGGGAAUCAAAACAAUUUUUUUGUUUGAAAUGAGGAAUCGAAAUUUAUCAAUUACCUAUCCGUGCUGAGAAUCGGACCACCCCAAUGGAGAGAGAGAGUUCACUCGGACGGACGCGCAAGAUUUAUUCACCAUUAUCAGACACCGGAUGGCGUAACGGCACGUUCGAGGUGUAGCAAUCAAACCACAACAUUAUCCCCGAUAGAACAUCCAAAACAAUAUAGUAUAUAAAUACACUCAUCUGUGUUAGCGCCGCCAUUCGGAGAGGAUAGAUGUUUAAUCUGAUUCGCAAUCGAGCGUGGCCGUUAACAUUAUAAACACUACGGGUCCGGACUGAAUGAUGCGAUCAUUUAGAUUGUUGUGAAACGCUGAUACUCCAACAAUCAUUUGUGUUGUAUCGUUUUCAAUUAUCGCGGCACUGGGCAAUCUGUACUUUGCACAUCGCACAAUCGAGAACUUGCAGAUGUGGAACUUCCUGACACAUGAGUGGGACCUGAUCGAGGGCAAAAACAUACACACCGGCAACAUCGAGUCGGUUGCCACCAAGGAGAAGGCAAAAUUCCCACAGCAGUUCUUCCCGGAGUGCAAAUGGUCACGUAAAGGCUUCCUGCGGACACGCUGGUCCCUGAAUGGGACGAUCUUCGAUCUGGUCAAUAUCCAUCUGUUUCACGACGCUUCCAAUUUGGCCGCCUGCGAGGAGUACCCAUCGGUGUACUGCAAGAGUCGGCGGCGGGCGCUUGUGCACACGCUAGAGAGAUUUCAUAAGGAUACCGUGAAUAAACCUGUGCCGUACUUUGUCUUUGGCGAUUUCAACUUUCGAUGCGACACCGAAGGAGUGAUAAAAAAAUUGACCGAGGAUCUAACGGAGCACCGAGUUCAGAACCCCAAAAAUGACAGUACAAAGGUGCAGUAUCGCGAUUCGGACGGAGCGAAUGUACUUACCGUGGGCAAGAAAGAAUUUAAUCAUACUGAUCAAAGCACAUUCAAGGAGAAUUGGCUGCGCCAAUUCGACCGCGAGCUGGACUCGCUUCGCAGCAUACUGUUCGAGUAUCCGGUCACAUUCCCACCCUCAUAUCCGUACGAAGAGGAUCCGCAGCAGCCUGGUAGCUAUAUGUCCACCCGUUGUCCGGCAUGGUGCGAUCGUAUACUGGUAAGCCCUGCGGCCCGUAAGCUGAUCGAUGAGGAUCGAGAGGGUGGUAAGCCACAGUCCACGGCAAUGGCAAGGGGCACCUACGGUAUCAUCGGCGAAACGGUCUGCAUGGGGGAUCACAAGCCGGUUUACCUUAAUAUACGAAUAAAAUCGAGUCAAGGUAUUUUAAAUUACUGUUCCUGUGAUACGCAUGCGCAUAAACGUGUUGAACACAUUCCCAAUCUUAGUACUAUUAAUGUUAGCGUUAAUAAUCUUAAUAAUAGCAGUAGUAAUCAUUUAGUUAGCAAAUUUAUCAGUGAUAGCACCAGUAGUAGUGAUAUGGCCACCGCCAGCAACAGCAAACCCAAUCAUAAUCACCUCAACAGCCUUCCCACUGUCGCUAACGAGUCGAUCAGCAAUAAUUCCUCCUCAAGCACCCCUCCAGCUCCUACUACCUCAGGCAUUACUCCCGACGAAAGGUUGCCAUCACCUAACAAACCUCACUGCUCGUAUUGCUUUGACCACAUUCAAACCGCUUUUGAUGAAUUUCUUUCGGAGCUGGAGCUCUUCCCUACGAGCUACGCAGUUGAGCACGACGGGUCGACUCACCAAAACAGCCGAACACUUGACGCAUCGAAUCGCCCCGUUAAAGUUCCUCCGCCCGUGAGCAUCAGUGUGUUUGACACCGACAGCAAUGCCAAUGUUUGCAUGUGUUCAUUGUACAGUAGCAGCUUUAGUAUUAGCGGUAGCGACUAUAGACGCAGUCGAUCCGGAUCGAUGAAAGGUCUCGAUCAAACCGACCCUCAAAUCUGUCCCAACUGCCAGAACAUCAUCAAGCACCAACCGAUGGAACAUCGGAAGACGCUUGUAUCUCGGCGUCUGAUGCUGGCCAACGACGUUAUCGUGAGUCGCAUCGAUGCCCACUAUCUGAACACGUUUAUGGCUCCCUCUGGAACGUCCUCAUCGGGCACAACGAAGGCCCGUCAGUUCGAACCAUACACUCCGGAGAGUGUAGAAUCUCACUCGCCGGUACCGGAGAGUGUCGAGCGACAAGAUCUGGAAGACGAAGACCCCGAUGACGACUCGUCCAAUGAUCCACCCGACCCAUGUCGGGCAUCCCUUCUGCAAACAACCGCUAACCAUACACAAUCGCUGCAUGGUGUAAAAUUGCCCACCGCAGCGAUAGCCACCACCAACUGUUCCAAAAAGAUUCUUACCAAAUCCGGUGAUACGACCGCCAAGUGGGCAGGCGUAUCACCCCGGCAGCUCAAGGCUCGACUGGAAAAACUGCAACGACUGUCGUCAGAUCGACAGAAACAGGUCCACGAGGGUAAAAGUGCUAAUAAAAGCGAUGGGAUUACACUAGCAGCGACCAUUGGGGGUACCGCUUUGGGGGCAGAAGAGUUACUGGUGCUGGAGAGCGGCGACGUCAGGCUUGAAACUGUGGCACCCGGCACUUCACCGAUUGCUGAUUGCACAGAUGGUGGGCAAGGACGGGGGCGACGGAGGUGGUUGAGCGGUCGGAACGAUCGCAAACAAGACGCCGACGACGAAGAGUGCUGUCAGUGGCAUUGUUGUGCUAUAACGUAGAGUCUCAAUAUUUGAUAGAGGAUGAUGAAUGGACAUAGUAGCUGUAAAUUAUAAUUUAUGCGCGUGUGUGAAUACGUGUGUUUUGAUGUAGUAGUAGUAGAAGUAGUAGUUCAUAUGAUAACGAUUUUUGUGGCAAGUUUUUUACGUUGAAAAAAAUGCGGCAAAGAAAGAUUUAGUUGUUUUUCAUUUCUUUGGAUUGUUUUUUUUUUAAAUUUCAUUUGGGGUUUCUGUUGGCGAGUUAUAGCUUCACGCGCAAUGUCUUAUUUUGAUCAGUUGUAGGUCAGCUCUGAGGAUCGGGAACACACGGUAAAGUGAAACUCAAUUCACUUAAAAUCUGGACAAAUUGUUAAUUAUACUGUAACGCCAACAGUAAUCGAUGGAAUAGAUUGUGUUGAUCGCAGAUUAUUUGGAAAUUCGUACUCCUUCAUUGGAUGUUUUCACGAUGUAUUUAGUUUCCGGAAAUUUGUCCCAGAUAGGAACUGAGAGUAAAAAAUACCUUUGGGUGUCGGGCUCUUGAAAAAAAAGGUUCUCAAAUGCUGAUCGCCGUUUGAGAACCAUUUUUUUGGGAGGGGACCAUGCCCGUUGGCCUCAAAUGUCCAUACCUCACUCCUCCACGUAGAUCAUAUGAUGACAUUUUGUUUGAUCGGGCGUUAAGGAAAUACAAACUUGUCUUGGCUCCGAGAUCGGGUGUCGAAAGUGACUAAGUGAGGGGAGUGCGAGCGAGUCAGAAUGCUAUAACUCUCCCAGGGAAGGCCUCCCGGGUUAUUGGAGGCUUAGGUAUGCGUCUGUUUUCCAUGUUUUUCCUCUGUUCAAGGAGAAUAAUAAAAAUGCGAACGUUCGAGUAGGAUCCCUAAACUAGAGAGCUGGUCCUGUAACAGACGUAAGAGCGAGCGGUCAGCGACUGGAGGGCGAUGUGCAAGAGCGGGCCAUCAGCUGGGUUGAGCCCGAAGAGCUAUCGCCACACGGAAACAGUAGCCAUCAACAUCACCCAAGAAACGCUGCGCCUACGAGACGUGUUACUACUGCCAGACGACAGUCUUCCACACUUAUGGGUACCACGAAGCGACGGAUCUAGAGAUGAAUGAACUUUCGCGGCUCGAGAACUACGUAAACAUGAGAGAUGCAAUAAUUUCAGAGGGAAAUGGAAAAUACAACGAUCGUUUGACAAUUCUUCCGUUCACAUCCUUGGCAUCAUAUCAAACGUACAAGGACGGUCAUCAAAUUUACUUGUAACGAAGAACAUAAUCUAUUACAAUGCAUGAAUUGAUCUUACAUGGCAACUGUAAAAUGUUUGUACUUACAAAGCAGUAAAUUUGUUGAAUUCAAUUGAAUUCGGAAAUUGUUUCAUUCAAUCGAUAGUUUGAUUAAUACAAUAUAAAGCUUACUAAGACAACGGUAAUCCCACGUAAACCUUGCGGUUAUAUCAUAGAUAUAACCCACUCUUUUUUUUUGUUCACAUUUAUUGAAAAAAAAAAUUCAAUACCCCAAGAUAAGUUUAAUGAAAUGUGCUACAUAACAAGUUAUGAAUUUUAGUUUUCUCCGAUAUGACUGUGAAAACAUUUGAAGACAUUUUUUCGUAUCAUGAAAAAAUGACCUGGCAUUCCUGUUACUCGGUAUCUAUCAGGGGUUAGACAUCAAUUGAAUAUAGGCUACCCAAAAUCAAAAUGGCGUCAUUUGUUUACCAACAUAUCAUUUGCGAGGAUUGAAAUCGUUGAAAUCACGGAGAUAGUAAAAAUAAAGAAAAAUGCGCUGCUUUAUUUCUAACUGCAUGAGCGAUUUUCAUAUUUCGGUUUCACAUGGAGGUGUUCACUUUUAACAUGGAGUUUGAAGUUAGGCACUAUUCGACUAUAUAACCGGACCGAGUUGUAAACAACAGUAAUUGACAGAACCAAAAUGUCAGUGAACCGCAGCAAUAUUGGGUACACUGGCAAUAUGAGGGAUUUGACGUUUUAGUCAUACACCUGGUAUCUAUUCAUGAUGACAGUUGUACAGUGUCGACGUCUGGUGCCGAAAAUGUUUUUUUUUUUUUUUAUCCCAACAGUUUUAUUUUAUUAGGCUCAUUUAGCAAAUUCAGCUGUAACAGAACCGAAUUCAUUCGUGUACAUUUUUUAUCUUAAGAUAACUUUUGUUGUGUAUUACACUGUUACCAUUUCGAGGCGUAAGAGUAUCGCUAUCUAUCGAUAAACAUUUAUUUUAUCUAUAACACAGUAGCCGUUUCGGCGUAAGAGAAUUUCUAUUCUAUCGAUGCACAACACAUGUCGCCUUCUUUCGGCGUAAGAAUAUUGCUAUUGUUCGAAUGUUCACAGUUGGGCUGUUCACAGCGGGACUGUUGAUAUGAGACUUUCUUUGUUGUGUUAUUAAUAGUGCCAAUUACCGAUGCAGCAGACCGAAAAUGGGAGCGGUAAGAGACUGGGAUUACCGACACAUGAUGAUUGUUGCGUGGACAUAGUAGCUAGAAUAACACACUAAGAUGGUCAGUUGAGGGGCCCUGAGUUAUGAGCUCAUGAUCGUUCGCUUAGUAGCGGACACGCUACCAAUUAGGCUACGAAGACCCCCGAAAAUUUUCGUUUGAAUUUUUCAUUUGAAUAGAAUACUAAUUUGAUAUGGAGAAGUUAGUUUUAAAUAAUAAUUUCAAUUUUGAAAACGUGGUCAUUCCCAUUCGAAAAUCAAUUACUAUCUUUGACGCUCUCCGGAAUCGUAAAAAGAUGCUCAAUGGCGUUAACGCAAAUACUAGUAAAAUAGAGCUAACGAGCAUAAUUGUUAUCGACUCGAAUUCUAUAAUAGGGCCCAUAAUUUUUAUUCCGGUGCUCCUACAUUUUUACGAAUUGAUUGUCCAAGUCCAAGUUUUAACUGAAUCGUGCUUCAAAACAAUUGUCGUUCCAUCGUUUACGAUUUUUAGUCGCUCUACUCGUUUCCAUGCUAAAGACCUAGGGGAAGGACACCUAUCCAGUCACUGUCCUAUUCCGAAAUGAGCAGAGCGCAAAGUAAGGUCGCCGCUGUUAUGUCAAGUUUUUUUUUCUCAAUUUAUCGCUGUAGCUUCCUCGUCUCAUCAUUCCGCGCUAGAGCAUGCCUUUUUUGAGAUUGUGUUGUAAUUCUAUCGUUUCGUGCACGCGCGUGC